AACCGCGAACGGACAGGAAAAAGAAGGAGAGAAGGUUCGCCGUUCGCGAGACCGUAGUCGUAGUCGAUUUUCGAACGGUCGUCGCGAAUCGUUCGACGAUGAAAAGAGGAAGAGGCACGGAGAAAAGUCACGGAGACGAUACGAACUAUCGACGAAACGAACACGAACCGAUCGAGUACGUGGACGAAGAGGCGAACUACGCGAACGAAAAAAUGCUAGAGAUCGUGGAAGAGAACGGGGACGAAGAGGAGUAUGAACGGAGAACGGACACACGGAUGGUUUCGAAAAACGGCACGAUAAUUUUGGAGGUUUUCCGAGGACAAGAACAAGGAGAAGACCGGCAACAGCAGCUAGAGUACGGAAAGCGCGAGGGCGAAGAAGGCGGGGACGCGAUGGGCGUGCUGGAGGCGGGCCAGCAGGAAAUUGAAAAUGGCGCGAUCGCGAAGUCGAGCAGCCUAGAAGCUGCGGCUAUUGCCGUUUCGACGAACCACGCCAACGACGCCAGCGCCACGUACGAAUUGCGUUCGCUCGAUUACGAAGAUUCCGUGUUUCGAGAAAGGAGUUAUCUCGAGGCAGAAUCGCGAUGCUACGGGGUUGGUAGCUCGAUCGACGGGGAGGAGCAAUGGGAAGAAGAACGCGACCGUCAAGAACGACAACAACAACAACAACAACAACUGCGAAAAGGGCAACUCGAGGAGCAGUGUCGGCAGCAACAGGUUUCUCGGUUCCCCCACCAACAGCAGCAACAACACCAUCUCCAACAGCGGCAGAACCACCACCAUCGAACGCGGUACGUCGAACCGGGGGCGAGUGAGCCGUUCGUUUCGAAGGGUGGGGAUAACGAAGAGGCGAGCGAGGGCUCCGCGUUGCCGGAGGGAAAACGAACCGGCAGUCACGCGGCUCGUUCGACGAUGCAUCGUUACGGUAUCGAAGCGCUCUCGCCGACCGCGACCGAUCAUCACCACCACCACAACCAUCACCUCCACCUCCAUCAGCAACAUUCGCAGUCGGACGAGUCCCAACGCACCGCGCUUUCCUCGACGAGUCAUCGUCGCUCGGACGAACACGAAUCGCAGUCGCGCUCGCAGUCGCACUCGCAAUCGCAAUCGGCGCGGCAGCAGCAGCAGCAGCAGCAGCAGCAUCGUCAACAGCAUCAAGAGAUCGACGAGGACGCGGAGAGAGCGAACGGGAUCACGGCAGCCAUGAGAGGUGCUCGGGGAGAGUUUAAUCUCGGUGCAUUGUUUCCGAGUCUCGGUGCUAGCGGUGCUGGUAAUUCCGGAACCGAGGUUGGAUCGACCGAUCAUCAUCAUCAUCAUCAUCAUCAACAGCAACAGCAGCACCAUCAUCCCCAUCAUCACACGUUGGAGGAGGUGUUGCCGGACGACGCGUAUCUUCAGCAUCAGAUACGCGCCGGUAGCGGAGGUGGUGGCGGCGGUGGUGAGGGUGGUAACGGUGGUGGCAGUGGCGGUGGUGGAGGCGGAGGUGGUGGAAACGGCGGCGUGGACGGUGGCGGCGGUGGCGGAGGAUCUCCGACUCUUCGAACCGGUAGUUCACCGAGUUCCAGUCGCAGUCCGCGCGACGAUCAAGGAUACUCGUCGCCUCAUCGUCAAGGACAACCGGACGGUAGUUACAGCCCGAACGAUCAGGGCAGACAGUCGUACGCUCACCUGACGGCCAUGCAACCGCCGUCUUCCGUGCAGACGAACCACUCCCUCGGCCAGGAUGCCGAUCGCGUUUCCGAUCAAAUGUACAUGGAAUCGAUUUACGGCCAUCACGCGGCCGGGACGCCGCAUCAUCAUCCGGAUCACGAGCAAGGAUCCUCGGCACCGCACUCGCCCAGCGGUCCUCUGUCCAGUACCCUGUAUCGCACGAUGAGCGGCGUGAGCACGAUGACGGCGGCCAACGCCACGGCCACCGAAGGCGCGUACACGCUUCCUUACAUGACCGCCAACCCGACGGAAUUGACCGGAUCGCCGCAGCAGCUCUGGAACGCGCAAGGAGCGUUGAGCACGGCCCUUCCGACGAUCUCGGAAGAUUACGGAGCUGGCGGCAAGUCGUCGGCCACGGUGACUCAUCAGCCUUUACCGGGAUUUUUGCAACCGUUCCGCGGCAGAGUCAGCUUUCGUGGAUACAGCCAGUCGUACCCGAGCCAGCAGAACAACGCUACCGUCGGAGCGGUGGCCGUCGACGCGUCCGCCUGGAGUUACGCCCCGGCGUCCAACGAUUCCUUGACUUCGCAGUACGCGUCGCCCUCCGCUAGACAGGCCGUCAAUCCGUCCUCGACGCCGACGCAGCAUCAGCUCAGCGCCACGGCUAGUCUUACCGCCAUGCACAACAUCGAGGCGGAAUACUUUACGGAGGGCCGCGAGUGCGUAAAUUGCGGAGCAAUUUCCACUCCGUUAUGGCGACGAGACGGUACCGGCCAUUACCUGUGCAACGCAUGCGGUCUCUACCACAAGAUGAACGGAAUGAAUCGGCCCUUGGUGAAGCAGCCGCGGCGAUUGUCCGCUUCGAGACGCGUAGGCACCUCUUGCAGCAACUGUCAAACGACCAUGACGUCACUGUGGCGUCGCAACACUUUGGGCGAGCCGGUUUGCAACGCGUGCGGUCUCUACUUUAAACUGCACGGCGUCAACAGGCCUCAAACCAUGAAGAAGGACAGCAUUCAGACGCGAAAGAGGAAACCGAAGGGUGGCAUGAAAUCCACCGACACGCCGAUCUGCGGUUCCGCCACAGCCUGCAACAACUCCACCGCCACCGGCAACGCCGCCAACAACAACAACAACACCACCACCGCUAACAAUAACAAUAACAACAACAACAACAACAACAACGACAGCUUAAAACUGGAACCAGUCGCUUACGGCGAGUUAAGGAUGAGCCACGGGGGCGGAAUGCCUCAGGUCAGCUACGGGAAUACCGUCUACGGUGGUUCUCAGCCACCCAGCAGGAUAGUUUCCUAUCAACCGACCAUGCCCAACAUCUACUACGAGAUGAUGGCUUCUCAGCAACAACACCAACAUCAUCCGCAGCACCAACAGCAGCAAUUGCAGCACCAGCAUCAACACCAGCACCAGCACCAACAAUUGCUCGAAACUCAUUCGCCGAAAGUGGAGUGUCCGUCGCCGCCUUGCGCGAAUCGAUCGCCGGUCAUGAUGUCGGCGGGUCACUCGCCCGAUCAUCAUCAGCUCGCUUCCCCGCACAUCGUUACUCUCGGCAAUUCGUCGCCGAGCGCGACGGCUACCAAAAUUAUUCUCGACAACGGUCACUUGGAUAGACCCACCGUCGUCUCGAUAUCCUCUUAAAACUGCCGUUCGACUUAUCCUCGUUGAGCAAAGAUCGAUUCUCGCAACCGUUACGAGGGGGAAGCGAGCGCGUUGAUUCUUAGUUUGGUCGUCGCACGGAAAACGGACGUAACGACCGGCGAACGCGAAUCGUUCGACUCGUUGUAAAUAGUUUCGUCGAAAGAACUCGCGAUGCACCGAACGUUUUCUUUUUCUAUCGUUAGCCGUCGAUCGAGUUGACCGUUACGAACGCGAUCGCGAGCGAUAUUCGAUCGACGUUCCUCCGUCAGAGUGUAAAUAGGCGAUAACGACGCUAGGAUAUACAUAUUGUUAAGCAAAGAUGUAAGGUUUCUUGGGCCGUUCAAUCGAAAAAACGUUUAAAGAAUAAUAUGAUGAUGAUAAUGAUAAUAAUAUUAAUAUUAAUAAUAAUAAUAAUAAUAAUAAUAAUAACGAUAAUAGUAGUAAUGUUA